AUGAAAAGAUUUGAAGUUUAGAAUCAGAGAAUAGCAGAAGUCGUAUAAAUUGAUGAGGAGCGUUCUCUUUUGCAUAAGGAAAUGAGAUUAAACAAGAAAUCAUUACUCGCAAAGGCUCUCAUACAUAUAAAGCUUAUGAUGCAAAAGAAUUUCUUGAUUAUGAAAAAAAACUAAAAAACAACUCUCUUUUAAUUGAGUUCUCCUCUCAUAGUUUGCAUUUUACUUACUAUUUGGUAAACUCUAGCAAAUAACCUUACUAAAAUUACUAUGAUUGAAAACUAAAUUGAGACAGUUGGAAGUCUCCCAAAAUGUAUUUAAGGAAAAGGGUAAUUAGAGGAGUGCAUUACAAUAGCUUAUGGUGUUGUAGGAGAGAAGGAGUAAUGGAUAGAUCAUACUCUAGAUUAUUUAGCAUUACAAAAUGAUUUAGAUAGAAAAAGUGACAUUAUUGAGUUGAACAUUACUGCACCACAAGAUUUUAGCAAUUUCAUAAAAGCAUAUCCUAAUCGUACACAAGUAGGAAUAGUAUUUUGUACAUCAAAUUACUCAAUUACAGGAGAUUUAUCAUUUCCAUGUAAUAAAGUAUCAGAUGUAAAAGGUUACGAAUAUCUUGGAUAGGAUAAAAGGAUGAUUUUUUAUAAUAUAUUCUAUAAUUGGACACUUUUCUACCGCUCACCUUACUUAUAAGGUAGCAUUGGAUAAAAUACUCAUAAGGAUUGGUUUUUGACUAGGUUAAAAAUAAAUUUAGACAAUGGUAUCAUUGAUUACUUUUCUAAAACUCCUGAAUAGCAACAGGUUAAAUUAACAAAAAAUACAUUAAAUCAAAGAGUUCAAAUAGUAUAGCAAGAUUACCCUAUUUCUCCAAGCAGAUUUACAACAGGGUAUGAUGUGGUGACCAGCAACGGCGCCUUUUACUUCUUUGUUCCAAUUAUGAUAAAUUUUAUUACCACCAUAAAUGAAAUUUUGAGAGAAAAAUAGAAGAAGCUGAGACAAGGUAUCACUGUAAUGGGUAUGACCAAUUUUAGUUAUUGGGUUAGCUGGAUUCUCACUGCUUUAGUCGUAAACUCCUCAACCUCUUUUAUUUAAAUUGUUUGUGGACGACUCUUUGGAUUUGACAUAUUUGUCAAAACUCCAUUAAUCGUUUUAUUUAGCUUUUUGGUUGCUUUUGGAAUGAGUGUUACUUUUAUAGGAUUUUUGAUCACAAACAUAUGUAGCGAUACUUCAAACGGAUAUACAUUUGCUUACGGAUUUCUUUUGAUGGCUUUAGUUAUGGAGUUCUUCUUAACUAGUGGAUUUUUUAUAUAUUAUUUGCAUAGAUUAGAUGCUGAAUUCUUUGUUGCUGCUAUUAAAAGAGUAUUCAGCUUAUAUCCAGCUUUCCAUUAUUCUAAAAUGUAUGGCGAUAUCGCUUUUAAAAGUGGAAAACAUUAUUCUGUGGCUGACAGCAGGUGGAUAGAAGGAGUAGGAUACAAGUAUUCUGAUCUCUUUGAACCAAUUAAAGGUAAAUUUACUAUUCCAAAGGAGUCUUUUUAUGAAUGUCCAACUACUUUUGAAAGCUUCAUCCACUUAAACCUUGUAUCAACUCUUUACUUCUUGCUUGCUAUUUAUUGCGACAUAGUUUUCCCAAAUAAUAGAGGUACUUAGGAGUCUCCCUUGUUCUUCUUGAGUUUCGAGUACUGGUAUAAAAUUUUAGGAUUAAAGUAAAAGUAAGAAGAAAAGCGUUAGCUAAGAAAAACUUCAUUUGAAUUGAGAUAGCAAUAAAAGGAAUACAAUUACAGUGAUAUGAAUCUCUAUAACACAGUAAGUAGAGAAAGAUCAAGAGUUCAAGGUAACGAUAAAGGAGGUGCAGAGGUUAAAGGAAUGCGUGUUAUCGGACUUGGCAAAACUUUCCAUAAAUAUCCUUUUGGAAUUAAAUCUAGCAAGGAUAAAAUAGCUCUAAAAGAUGUUUACUUUGAAGUUGAUGGAGGUGAAUUAAUAGCUAUUUUAGGUCACAAUGGUGCAGGAAAAAGUACUAUGAUUAAUAUAUUAACUGGCUUACUCUCUGCUUCAACAGGUACUGCAAAUAUGCUUGGAUUUGAUAUAAAUACUUAAAUGGCUGAAAUUUAAAGUAUUAUGGGUGUAUGUCCAUAAUUUGAUAUCCUUUGGGAUGAGCUUACUGCUGAAGAGCAUUUGCAGAUGUAUUGCAUGCUUAAAGGUAUUCCAGUUGGUAUGAUCCCUAAAGAAAUAAACACAAGAUUAUAAGAAGUUGGGCUUUUCCAUGUAAAGAAAGCUUCUGUUGGAACAUACUCGGGUGGUAUGAAAAGAAGAGUUUCACUUGCUAUUUCAGCUAUUGGUAAUCCAAAAAUUAUUUUUAUGGAUGAGCCUACUACAGGUAUGGAUCCAAAGACAAGGAGAGAAAUAUGGGAAAUGGUCAAGAAUUUAAAAAGAGAUAAGGCAAUUGUAUUGACUACACAUGCUAUGGAAGAAGCUGAAGCACUUUCAGAUAGAAUCAUAGUGGUUGCUGGAGGUUAGCUUAAAUGCAUAGGUACUUCUCUUUAUCUAAAAAAUCAUUACAGUGAUGGUUAUAGAUUAAGUGUAGUCACAGAGCCAUAAUAUGUCGAUUAUGCACGUAUCGAGCUUAAAAAGCUACUUCCUUCAUGUAAAAUUUAAGAUAGCAGUGGAGGUAGUAUAGUAGCAUGUGUACCUGUUCUCAACUUAAAUGAACUAGGAAAUUUCUUUAAAAUUAUGGAAUCUGAUGGAAAUUAAAUUGAAGUUAUGGAUUAGAGGUCAAUAAAUUUUAAGAAAUAUGUUAAAGAUUGGGGGCUUUCACAUUCUACUUUAGAGGAAGUAUUCUUAAAAAUAACUAAAUCAAAAUCUUAUUUGGUUUGA